AGUUACCGUUAUAUAAGCACCAUCAAACGCGCACAGUUCAGUUCACCUCGUCGACUGUACUGGAUUAAAGAUGUCCCGGGCUGCAGACAGACUGAAGGUGGUUUUGAAUCAUCUGGAUCGGUCUCACGACGCUGUCCGAGCGUCCUUCACUUCAGCACAGAAUGUGUCCUACCAUCAUCAUCCUCAAAGCCUUCAAUACACUUUUGAUACGGAUGUCCUGACACAAGAACAGAUAAUCGCAUAUGAAGAAAAUGGCUUCAUACUCAUCCGAAAUUUGGUAUCAGAAGAGGACAUUGACAGAUUCAAGAACGAGUUUGAGCGCAUCUGUAAGAGAGAGGUGAAGGUGCCUGGUUUGACGGUAAUGAAAGAUGUUUCGAUCGCUAAAUCAGAGUUUGUUGAGGGCGAGAAGGCUGUGACCAAACUUCAGGAUUAUCAAGAAGAUCCAGAGCUUUUCCGCUACUGCGUUUUACCCCAGAUCCUGAAGUAUGUGGAGUGUUUCACUGGACCCAACAUCAUGGCCAUGCACACUAUGCUCAUCAACAAACCACCAGACACAGGUAAGAAGACCUCCCGCCAUCCUAUGCACCAGGACCUGCACUACUUCCCCUUCAGACCCGCAGAUCGUAUAGUGUGUUCCUGGACGGCUAUGGAGAAAGUGCACAGAGAAAACGGGUGUCUGGUCGUCCUGCCCGGCUCACACCGCGGCUCCCUGCAGGAACACGACUACCCAGAAUGGGAGGGUGGAGUAAAUAAGAUGUACCACGGGGUGCGGAACUACGACCCAAACCAUCCCAGAGUGCAUUUAGAGAUGGAGAAAGGAGAUACUGUGUUUUUCCAUCCUUUGCUGAUCCACGGUUCAGGAAUGAACCAAACCAAUGGAUUUCGAAAGGCCAUCUCCUGUCACUACGCCAGCGGUGACUGCUAUUACAUUGAUGUGAAUGGAACAACUCAAGAAAACAUUAGCAACGAAGUGAAGGACCUUGCAUCUAGGAAGUUCGGAGCUGAUGAUUCGGUCACUUUCGCGGACACCUGGGCUAUACGGGGACGUCUGGUUCAAGGGGACAGAAUAUCAAUGUGAUUCGCCAGCGUAUCCACUCAGAAUGGCCAUAAGGUGGCACUGUAGUCACUUAAUUAAGGAGUGGGACGAUCAGUUCUGAUACUAAUCUAAUGAUAACGAAAGCCAGACAUUGUAAUGUUAGCGUCUUCCUGUGGCAGAUUUCAAAGCAUUGGGAAUUCAUUGUCUUGGAUUAAUACUUCAGGUGUUCGUGAGAGCGUUUUUCCUGCAAGUGAUUAGCGAGUGAUGCAGUAGCACUUUGAUCACAAUUUGAGGAACAUCGGAAAGUAAAAUUGAAAUGUUUUUAAAUCAGCUUUAAUGUGGAAUGUAUACAAAUAAGCACCUGGUUUUUGCUAAUGUGAAUGAAGUUUUGGAUGGAAUCAAAGACAAAGAAAUGAGAGCUUUUAACUGGUUAUUCUGGAAUAUAAAAGGAACUCAUAUAGUUUUGAUGAAUGUUAGAUGUAAACAGAACUACACUCUCAGAAAAUAGAGUUGUCACUGAGGUUGUACCCUACAUUUUUUUACUUUUUAGGCACUACUGUGUACCCAUUAGGUACUAAAAGAUAACUUUAAGGUACUGAUACAGAUCUUUUAGGUGCUACAAAGUGGGUAACACUUUAUUUUGAUAGUCCUGUUGAGUAUUAGUAGACUGUCUGAUUCUGUUGACUGUCUUGAUCUGUUGAUAAUGUUCCUUCAACAGACAUUUAACUGACUAUAAGAAAGUUUGCAAAUACUGUACAUGUCAGCUUACACUAACCCUAACCCCAAUUUAAUAGUCUACUUACAAUCUAAUGAAAAUUAGUUGGCAUGUAGAUGCAGUGUAACUUAAAUGCAAGAAAUGGACCUUCAAAAUAAAUUGUGACCCUUAAAAGUGUA